AUGACGGAGCAGCUUGCUUCCAUGCCGGAGGAGAGCACCACCGGCUUCACAGCUCCCUGCCGGCCGCGCACUUCCUACCACGAGUUGAUCCAGGCAGUCCCCGUCUCCGGAUCGCCGAUAAGAUGGAGUCUCCCCAACUCUCAGUCCGGCCGUAACGGAUUAUCCAGCUACUCAAGCUCAGGUGCCUCGAAUUCUUGUCCGUCCAACAACUCCGGCAAUUCCAGCGGAACCAUUUCGGUGUCCGCCGCCAUUGUCGACAAUGGUGAGCUCACGCGGAUCGCUCACCAAAUGGUCAACGACGGAUACAUCUGGCACAUGGUCCAAGCAUUCGACGACGCCUCAUCUGCACCGGCGGCAUUCAAACAUGGUGGUGGUGUCCGGGGCCAUGCCCUGGAGAAUUGGUUCUUGGAGCUCGACAUCGACUGGGUUCUCCAAAUCGAUGACGAGCAUGGCUUACAACGGCUGCUCCGAGACAAGCCGGUCACGACGCAAGAAUUGGUCGACAAGUGGGUCCGGGCUCUUACCGUGAUUGUUGCCAGUAUCACUGAGACAGAGUACGAAUUCGCCUUCCACAGGACGCCGGCAGUCGCACUGUUUGGCAAAGCGAGCAUCACCGAGAUGCUCAAUGUCGUCGAUGUCAUCGUCCCUGCUCUCGAAGCCAAGAAGCUGCAGGCCGUGCUUGACAUGUUUGCCUGCGUAUGUGGUACGUCGCACAUGAUUAGGCCGGUCAUGAUCUCUCGAGAAGCCCAAAGCAUUUUCAAAGAGAUAGGCAACUCGUUAGAGAGAGAAGGAAUCAGGCUAAGCGAGAUCAUAUCAAACAGCACCAAGGAGGUGAGGACACUCGUGGAGGAAGAUGAUUCAUGGGCUAUCGAGAUCCUGCGAGGAAGAGGAGAGGUUCACAAGAACACUCGGUUCAUCAUGGAUUGCAUAGUAUCCAUGACGAUUGCACGAACAUCAAUGCACAACUCUGCACCGAGCAACAACAGUGAAAACCUUGAUGGCCUGAUCGAUAUCGAGUAUCUGCUUCUGAGAAAAUCAUGGUUGCUCUUAGAUCCAAGCCUCAGGUACUUGUUCCUGCUCAAUAAUUCCUAUUUCGUAGCUCAUGUAGUCUCUGAGUCAUCAGGAUCGUUCAUUCCUGAUGAUCCGUGGGACCUCACACCUAAACUUACGCCUGAAUGUAAGAAGUACAUGGAUAGUUAUCUCGAUUUUUCUUGGGGACAUGUGCUCUCCUGCAUACCAAAAUCGAGAUCUCUUGGAUUGAUCCAUCGUUUGGUCAAUACCCCUUCACUGGCCAAAUUCCAGUCAGCAUUUCACGAAACGUAUCAGGCUCAGAAGUUCUGGAAGGUUCCAGACCCUCGGCUCAGAGAAGCGCUGCGGAGAGCUAUCAUUGAGAGAGUCAUUACAGGUUACCGUAACUACCUGGAGGAGCAUCCGGAGCUAGAGAAACAUGUUGGCCGCCAAAGCAGCAGUCCUCAAGUUUUGGAGGAGAUGUUGGGAGAGCUAUAUGAAGGAUGA